AUGGCUAAGGUGCUUCUUGUUUUAUUGGCCUUGCUGGCGUUUAGUGUGGCCGCACCAUCGCGAGGCCGUUUACAGAAUCGCCGCACAACGGUAAGCUGGAACAGCACGAAUACGAUUGAAGAAGCGUCUGGGAUGGAGGCUGACAAGGGCCAACAGGAACAGCAGCAGGAGCAGCAGGAGCAACCAGAACAGGAGACCCAAGAGACUAAGAAACCAGAACGGAUGAUUGAAUACAUUGAUCGUCAAGGUGACCAGCGCUCGGGGGCUGGCUGGCUGGAAGAUCGCGAGGCCCGUAAUCGUGAGGCCAUCGGUCGUGCCCAGGGACGUCUCCCGGAGCGUGAGCAGCGCAGAUGGAACGAACGCAAGGUCAAGAAGGGAGGCAACAAUUUCCGAGGUACCGUGAAAGCCAAAGAUCUGGCGCUCGAAGCUCGGAAAGCCAACGGAGAGGAUGUGUAUUACAAUGAUUUCCCGCUGUACGACUUCGCUUACGGAGUGUACGAUCCGGCCACCGGUGACAAGAAGGAACAGUGGGAGAAGCGUGUUGGAGAUUUCGUGAAAGGAAAGUACACGCUGGAGCAGCCGGAUGGAACGAAGCGGAUUGUGGAGUACGAGGCCGAUGAUAAGAAUGGAUUUGAAGCGAUCGUGCAGGAGAUUGAUCGUAUCGAUGGCCGCAAUGGUGUGAAGUGGGGCCACACGGAUGAGGAUGUUGCCCAAAGUUACUCCAAGCUGAACAAGUACGAUUGA